AUGACUUCUGCUGGACCAGUUUGUGCUUCAUGUAAACAAUUGGGUCACAGCAGGAGGUCAAAUUUAUUCUGCCCUUUGAACCCAAGAAACAAGACUCUUUUGAUCACCCGAAAGAGAACCAGCAAUAAUCUCUCUACCCAAGAAGAAUAUCAGACAGAGAGUAGUAGAGCUGGUGCUUCGAGACCAAGGGUGGAAACUGUUCAGAAUUCUGUGGUUCUUACCAUAGCAGAAAUCAUUGCUCUCUUCCGUGCUGACCAAUAUCCUGCAGAGAGUAGCCGAGCUGCUGCUUCAAGACCAAGAGUUGAGGCUGUCCAGGAUUCUGUUGUACCGACACAACCAAUGUCAAUUGACCUCUCCUUCACAGAACAAUAUAUUGCAGAGAGCAGCAGAGAUCUAACUGCUGCUUUUGAGGCUUUGCAAGUUUCUGCUGUUGAGAGAGUCUUGGAUUUGACAACCACCACUGCCAUUACCACUGCCACUGUUAUUUCCCACUGUUUCAGCUGUAAUGGAAUUGGCCGCCUACGGAGUAACAGCUUGCAGUGUCCUAACAACAUACGGCACCACACUUUUGUCCCUGGCCAGUUAGCUGUCACUCAUAACAUGGCCCGGCGUACUACCACCCCAUUACCUCCAACUGACAACAGAGGUGCCAUGGAUGUAAAAUGCCAAUUCUGUGGAGCUCUAAUGUGGAUUCAUGGGAAAAACUACACGUCCAAGGCAAACAACAUCAAGUUCUCCAUGUGCUGCAGACUCGGGACUGUCAUUCUUCCUCCCUUUGAACCCACCCCUCCUGGAAUCGCAGAACUUUUGGUAUGGUGCAAUCAGAGAUAA